CUGCUGCAAUUUGAAUCUGAAACUGAUUUUCUCCAUUGUUUAUUGAGAAACCGAUGGAAUAUAGGUUCCUCCUAUAUGCGAGUUUUCCGAUGGACUGCAGAUUUCGACCCGUCGGUGGAAUCCCCUCUAGUCCCAGUUUGGGUAUGGCUAGAGGGACUACCAAUCCAUCUCUUUGACAAACCCACCCCAUUCUCCAUUGCUAAACUACUUGGCUCUCCUCUGCAAACUGAUGCAGCCACUGUGAAUUUGAGUAGGCGUAAUGUGGCCAGAGUCUGUGUGGAGGUUAACCUUUCAAAGGAACUUCCGAAGGCUAUUUGGAUACACUUAGGUUAUGAAAACCAAGCCAAAAGGCAAGGCUGUGACCCCUGGCCAGUCGGUCUGUUUCCUAGCAACGCAGCUGUGCCAACCUCUACUACCCCCAUUACCUUUGGUAGCCUUGAAACUGGUCAACAGUACGUCACAACAAGGGACAUAGGGCCCUGCCCUCCACCACGUUUGGACAGUACUGCUUUGGCCCCUCCAACUGAUGCCAACUUGACUUUGAAUGGCCCUACCCUUACAGGACCCUCCUGCUCUGUUGAACAGGAUUUGUCACCCCGGAUCCUCCCCCAAUCUCAAAAGGAUGGUUACGACCCUAAUCAUACCGAUGAAAAUAUGAGAGCACACGAGACUCACAGCGAGUCCUCGGAUGGCACUCCAUCAGAAACUACGGUCCCUCCCAUUGGAAAUGAUGAUACUAUAUCUGAUCCAUCUACCCACACCAAAGUUCAUUCUGGAAAAGAUGACGAGGGCGGUAAGGAUGCUCUCACCGAGGCAGAACCGAUUUCACCCCACACCCAGGAGGGGAAUACUAACAUUUCUUUUGAGCCUAGGUCUUUUUCCAGGUAUAUCAAAGUCACCGAACAACGAAGUAGCCCUUCGUUACAAGAAUUCCAAAAAUUGAGCUUCACGGAGCAAAUUGCAGAAUUGAAACGAGGGCACCAACAACUCAAUUUCAUGCAACCAAAAAAUCCAUUUCAAUCAAUACAAGGAAUAGGUCCAAAACAUGUCGAUGCCAAUCUUUUCGAAGUCGAAGUCCUUCAAGACCAUGAUGAAAAUGAAACUUAUGAAGAAAGCGAUCCUGAAACUCCAACCAUUGAAAUCCGCCAUAAAGGAGAACCUCCUGACAUGAUAGUAGCCGCGUUCCAUAUGCGGGGCGUGGCCACAAUACUUGCGGGAGGGGGCGUGGAAGCCGCGUUCCUAGUCCUCUUGAAUUCCUUUUUGGUCUAGUCCUCCCUCUUUUGUAUCUCUCCCCUUCUUUCUCAUUAAUAAACAUCACUUUUUAAU